GCUUAACCAUAACAACAACAUGUUCCAUUCAGUGUAAACAUUGUUCUCUCUUGUGGUUAAUUUACAAUUCAGAGCUUAUUGAUUGUAACAUUUUCGCCAUUAACUGUGUGUAAAUUUCUUUUCUUAAAUUGUGUCUUAACAAAAAUACAAUAAGUGAAGAUGGAAACUGAUGGAAUCCAAACCUGUACAACUUGCGGUUCAUCUCAAGGAUUUGAAGAAAUUUCCGGUUUAUAUUAUUGUCUUACCUGUAACACUCAGAGAAUUGGAUUUACAUUGGAAGUGAGACAAUAUGAAGAAGGUGAUUGGAAUCUUAAACAAUUAGCCUUCGAUGAUAGGAACAGGAAAACAAGAAAGAAAAGAACCUUUAAUCCUGGUGAAGCUUGGACGAUGGUUGAAGCCUACAACAUAAUAUUAAAUCACCAAUGUUCACAAUUAGAGAAAGGAUUGAACCUUGGACCACAAUUUCGAGUGAUAUUAUUUAGUCUAUGGACAGAAUAUUUGGCCAAAGGUGAACUUGCUUUCACUGGUAAAAGUGAGGAUGAACCAAAAUCUCAUAUCAACUCAAGCUACAGAGAUUUACAAAUAAUCGGUGAAGGAAGACGAAAUGUUGAACAAUUACCCCAAAAAUCAGCAAAAAAGUCCAAGGAAAAAGCUUAUUGUGGACUCGUCCGAUUCAAAAGACACACUAUGAUAGAAUACGGAGAGAAACAGAUCACUCGAUUUUACGAUUUGAGCAGUAGCGAUGAUGAAAAUAAGGACGAACGGUACAAAAAGCCUGUUGAAGGAAAUUAUGACGAAGACGUUGAAGAAUCAAGAAAACCCGAGACUGACUGUGUACAAUAUGAAAAUUGUGACCUCGACGAUGUGCCUAUGGAAAUUGAAUGGGAUAAAGAUAUGGAUGAUAAUUUCCUAUUUAAUUACAGUCACAAUCCUCCCGCAAUAGAAGACGGUGAAAAUUUUGCUGAUUAUGAAUCCGAUGGAUCUACAAGCUUAUCUAAUUCACUCGAUUCAUCUGUUUCAUCAGAACAAUUCAGUCCUCUUGCCACCAAAGCGACAUCCUCGGUACUUACUAAUGAAAGACAGCUUGAUAUUAAUGGACUAGAAUUUGCUAAGCCCAUAUCUCGUCCAAGAAUCUAUCAGAAGUUGAAGCGAAAAGCUCGAUCAUUACUUGAGAGAUUUGAUAAAGGUGCCGAUUUUGAUUCGCUUAUGAAGGAAAUUGUGUCUGACGACGAAAUCGACGAAGAGGUUGAACCAGAAAAGGAAAAAGAAAAAGAACAAGAAGAAGAAGAAGAAGAAAAAGAACAACAACAACAACAAGAAAAAGAAAAAGAAGAAAAAGAAAAAGAAAGAGCACAAGAACAAGAAUCAGCGAAGAAGGUUUUAAGUAACAAGAAUUCUGAUGACGAUGACGAUGAUGGUGGUGAUGGUGUUGGUGAUGACGGUGGAUUGGAAGAAAAAAGUUCUAAAAUAAAGGAUGUAGAAUUGACGAAAAGAAGUCAACUUCUCGAGAAGAUAAUUGGAGACAAUGAGAAGGAUAAAAAUAUUCUCAGUCAUGCCAAUUAUAUUACCAUAGAGAGAAUGACGAUACAUAGAACUUUACAAUUCAUUCUAUUAGCAUUUCGAAUCACCGGUUACAAUGUCCAUGUUGGUGAUAUAAUUCAUUGGAUUUUCAUGGGACAUUUAACUUAUUUUGGUGCAAUUAAUGUUCUUCCAGAAAAAUGGAUCACUGUUUCCAACAACGACAUUAUACAUCUACAACCAAAGCGAGGUGUGAAUUCAGAUACACUCGAUUAUCAAACUGCUUUCUUGCGAAAAUUUCUCGCAAUUCCUGCCCUGCCCCAUCCUGAUUUCAUCGAAAUGUUAACCAGACAUCUUUAUGAUUUGAAUCUUCCACUUCGAUUCGUUGGUUUGAUCACGAAACACAUUAGUUGGUCGACAUUUAAAAAAAUCAGUUCUCAUUCCAGAGUUGAUAAGAAUUCCAAGUUUAUUCCUUGUUAUGAGAUUUUCUCAAUUUGUUCCAUACUUGUUAUUCUCAAAAAGAUUUUCAUUUUGAACGGUAGCAUAGAAAAGCGCAUCUCGAAAAACGUUUGCGAGAAAUGGCCUGAGUCUUUUAUAUGGAACGAUUGGUUCAGUGAUAAUCAGGCCAUAUGGAAAUUGAUGAAUCGUCAUUAUUUUCCAUUGAAUAAAAAUCUGUACAGCGAAAUAUCCGAUAUUGAUGUAAUUCGCUAUCAUCGUGAUAAAAUUGCUAAUAAUUGGUUCGGUUCAACUGUUCAGCAUAACCAAAGAUUCUAUUUUUUAACGAAGGAGUUCAAAGCGGAUUUUUCCAAAGCCAUGGAGGAAUCAUUUAAAGUGGAAUCCUGUGAAAUCGAUCCUCCACCACUCACAGUUUACCAUUUCUAUGAGGCGAAAAAGUUUAUCGCUAAACGAAUAAACCAGAUCAGAAUUUCAUCACCUUUGUCAUCUUCAUCAUCACAAUCAAUGAAUAUUUUUGACGCUGAUUAUACUAAUAAAUCAAUUGAUUAUUUAUCCGAUAAAUCAUUUACAAGAUAUAGUCCAAUAUCUGCACCCGAAACAAGGACCUGUGACAUCAACGAAUGGCCUGAAUCGAUUCGUUUACUGGUCAAACUUUCUUCAUUCAUCACCAAUCGACCUCCCGAUAAGAUAAUUUGGCAUCUUAUUCAUUUAGAUAAAAUCAUUCAUCUUUGAUCUCAUUAUAAAGUUAAUUGUUGAUAAAUUAUCGAACCAUUCGAAUCCUUUGCUAUGACAAUUGAAUCAAUUUAAUAAAAAACUUGUCACUCCAAAA